CUUUCAGUUUCACUCAUACCUAGAUGCCACCAUUCUGUGUCUCCUUGUUAUGCCUCCUUGUUAACCAUAGUCAAACUCAGAACUUUCUGAAGUUUCACGGCCAGUUUAAACGCUUCACGAUAAAAUAGUUCAUAUCUGUAGCUAGCUGAUUAAUUUCAAGUUCCCUUUUUUAAUAUUAACGGAGAAUAUGCCAGGUUGACUGAAUUCAAUGACGCAGGCUUAUGGCCUUGUGGAGUUGAGUUUCACAAAUAAUAUAGCCAUGAAACGGUGAUCUUUAUGUCUGAAGAAAAGAGUAUUGAGUAUUCAUUCCUUUGGUUUUGGAAAGGUUUGCCGUAUGGUUGAUGGCACUGAUUUCAGCUUACAAUUUCUAUUUUGAAAUCCGAAAGUGCUGAUUUAAACUUGAGUUUCGAACAGUCAAGCAGCUUGAAGCAGUUGAGUUGAGAGGGGAGAUCAGAGGCAGAAGGAGAUGGAAGGAAGGGGCUUUUCUGGGUUAUAUAAGAACACAAGUGAAGAGCUGUUUCUGAAAACAGUGAUGGAGAGUCCUAUUGGAAUGCCAGCACCAACCAUGGAGAUGUUGGGUUUCAAGGCUGUUUCCCAAAGUUUUCGCACAGAUAGCGAGGAGCUCUUCAAACGCUGGCUAACAAAUGCAGAGGGUUACAAUUCAACAAGCAUAGGACAUAAUAGUCGAUUGUCACAGAGGAUAUCCACUGAACUAGCUAGUUUGUCUAAUCCACAACAUGCUGGUGUCAUUUCAGAGGGAAAAGGCAAUGAUAAAUUAUAUACACAAAAUAACCUUAUGGUCAAUGAUGCUUCUAAUGAUUUUAGUCAAGCUCCUAUCAGAGAUCCUGCUGAUACAGAACUGCAAGCUGGUAACUUAUUCUUGGCAAAGGCUUGGUUUCUUAGUGAUCAAAGAAUGACAAGAAGCCGAUCCUCUGAAUUGAGGCGAAGGUAUGUUGAAAUGCAAAAUGCUCAAGCAACACAAGGCAUGGAAUCCAUACACGUGGCCCCUCAGGAUGGCAGUGCUGACACAUUGAAACAAGAAGUUUCAAACAUAAAUGGUUUUGGUUAUCUUUCUCCAUGUGAGCUUCCCAACCAGAAGGCUACAUUCAUGUCUCCAUCAAACUCAUCUUCAUCUACCUUCAAUACACCACAAAUGGGUGAUGCAGAUAAAGUUUCAUCUUAUGUGAGCAUGCUAAAAGGUACAUUAGAACGUAAGAGACUCAGCAACCAUAUAGAGAAAGAAGCUGCAGAGGAUAGCUCCAAUGGUAUCUUUGGUGCUCAGGGUGAUUUUGCCAAAACUGGUUUUAUGGCAGGACAAGAAAACUGGAUCUAUCAGAAGCCAAUAAGUUUUCAAGGUGCAUCUAAUGGUCAAGUUAAGGACCAUGGAGUCCCACAAACACUUGAAGAAUCUAUGAACCUUGACAUGGAUGGUUUUGCUAAUCAGACAAACCCAAUAUAUGUUGGAGCAGCUUCGCGAGAACCAUCUCAAAGCGAAUCUUCUGCUGCUGCACCAGUAGUUUCCUCUGGUUUAGAUGCAACUGAAGGUCCAAGCAUCUCAAGUCAAACGCCUUGUGAAAGCUCAUGGAAACAAGUGGGAGUGAGCAAAAGUUCAGAAAAUAGAGCCAAAGGUGUCAGAGAACAGAUAAUGGAUAAUCUGAAAGAUGAUCGGAAGAGGAGAAGUCUAGAAAGAUAUGGAUCUGUAACAUCAGCUGCACCAGAGGACAAGGGAGAUGCAACAAAAAAGCGUCGAGUGGAGCGCUCAAGGAAAAUGGCUGAGGCUAAGGAAAGGAAUUCAACACCACCAGUUCCAUCGGAUAUGCAAGCUGUCUUGAAGCGAUGUGAAAACCUUGAGAAGGAAGUUAGAUCCCUAAAACUCAACCUGUCCUUCAUGAAUAGGAAGGAUUCUGAGCAAACAAAGCAGAUAGAGGAACUUCAGAAGCAAAAUGAAGAAUUAGCAGAUGAAAAGGAACGCCUUUUAGAGGAAAUUGAAAGGAUUGUAUCAGAGACUGGCACGAUUUAAUCUUUGUUUUACUUCUCAGUAAUCUUUUAUCUUCCUCAUAAACAUGUGGCUUAGACACGCUACGCCAAAAAAUUUCACCAUGAAGUCAGAGUUUUCGCAACCUGAUUGCUGGUGAACCUCCGGAGUCUCCGUGCAUGUGCUUAUCACUGAAUGUCUCUCUGAGUUGGCCAUGUAAUAGUAAAAUACUAAAUCUAACAGUAAUUAAUGUUGAUUGUGAUUUUGGAA